AUGCCGGAUAUACUCCUACUACAACGACGACGAGCGAUUGUACGGGAAUCUGAUCUCCACCUUGGCGAUACUGGCUCUGCGUGCUCAGGAGCAACCAAGUUCAAGUACUUUGGGGGUGAUUUUAACCAGGCUGGCGCUGAGUUCGCUGGCAGUGUUAUUCCCGGCCAAUUGGGGACCCACUACACCUGGCCUAAAACUAGCAGUAUUGAUUACUUCCUCGACCUCGGGAUGAAUACUUUCCGUAUUCCAUUCUCGAUGGAGAGGUUGGUUCCGCCUGCCCAAGGUUUAGCUGGAACCAUGGAUGCUACAUAUCUUGCAGCCUUGAAGAAUAUUGCCACCUACAUCACCGGAAAGGGAGCGCAUGCUAUCAUCGAUCCCCACAACUACGGUCGCUACAAUGGCGCAAUAAUUACCGAUACCGCUGCCUUCGGUAAAUGGUGCAAGAACAUCGCCAGCGAGUUCAAGUCGGACUACAAUAUCAUUUUCGAUACCAACAACGAAUACCACGACAUGGACCAGGAGCUCGUCUUCAACCUUAACCAAGCUUGUAUUAACGGAAUUCGUGCUGCCGGCGCCACUUCGCAAUUGAUCUUGGUCGAGGGCAACUCGUGGACCGGCGCUUGGUCCUGGGUUUCCAGUGGUAACGCAGCAAGCAUGAUCGACCUAGAGGACCCUAACGACAACAUCGCAUUCGAGAUGCAUCAAUAUCUUGACGGCGACUCUUCCGGAACCUCCCAGAAUUGUGUAUCCUCAACUAUUGGUGCCGAGAGACUUACCGCCACUACGAACUGGCUCAAACAUAACGGGAAGAAGGGAUUCCUUGGUGAAAUGGGUGCUGGAAGUAAUGAUGCAUGCAUCGCCGCUGUAUAUGGCGCUCUGUGCCACAUGCAACAGGCCGGCGGUGUCUGGAUUGGGGCUCUUUGGUGGGCUGCUGGGCCCUGGUGGGGAAAUUACUUUCAGAGCAUCGAGCCUCCAGAUGGUGCUUCGAUCUCUAGAAUCCUCCCGGAGGCUUUGAUGCCGUUUGUUUAG